AGCAACUUCCCCGCAGCCUGCAACUUGAAUGAUUGCUUGGUGCUGGUGAUUGCAGCUGCGAUUGCUUUGCCAUGGUCAGCCCGGUGCUCUUUGAUCCGUCGAAUUCAAGUGAUGAAGGCUGUUGUCCUGAUGAGUCCCUGUUCGCCAUUUACCACUCCACCCAAGCCUCUUCCGCCACGCAAAAUUUUAUAGGCGCAUUGCCCAUAGAGCUCUUGCUGGCAAUAUUUACGCAUCUUUAUCGGUCGUCUCGUCGUCUCACUCACAGUGGAGAGACGUGGGGAUUAGACAAUCCUCUUUCCUCGUUGUUCCCCUAUGCCCCGGCCGCAGUAUGUUCGAUGUGGCGUUCGGUAUUGUCACUUGUUCCAGAGUUCUGGACUCGUGUGGUCAUUAGAGUUGACUCUCAACGUACCCAAAGUCGAGAUAUUCGACGUUAUUUCAAGUGGUCAAGGAAUCUUCAUCUGGAUGUCAUCAUCACCAGACAUCGCGAUGAAUUCGAAGGAGAUGACAAGAAGGAGAAGUCAAAUGUCCUCAAGGCAACCCGCGAGCUCGUUAGGCACAUUGAGCGAUGUAGAAGCAUCCGCUUCAACGUGAUGUACAGCUCAUCAUUGCCGUCCAUACUCCACCAUUUUCAUCAGAAAAAGGCUCCCCACCUGCAGACGUUGAAGCUCAAAUGUAAAGUGGACGAUGGUGGAUCCCCGCCUCUGAAGCUUGUGCAUUGGAGCUUUGAUGCACCCGAUCUUCGCCACCUUUAUCUAGACGCCCGCAAUUUCUUCGAUGUCUGUGUAGACCGUAACAACUGGCUCAAACGUCUAUCCAACUUACACUCGCUUUCAAUUUCCCGCUAUCGCCAUAUAUCAAAGCGGGGCAUAGAUCUGUACAAGCUGUUAAGGGCAAUUGGGGAAUCCCCUUCCGUCGAAUGCUUGGAACUGAAGGACUUGCACUUCUCCAGAGUGCGUCCUUGGACUGCAUUGAAUGAUAUUAUCUUAGAUCUGGUAUCUAUGAAUCUGGAGGACCUAUCCGGCGACGUGUUCUCAGAAAUCAUCGGCUUUGUCGACAGUGGCCCAGUUGCAACUCGCAUUUCUCGUUGCGCUAUUAACGCUUGCCGUUUCUCCCUAAUCUCUUACCGCGUCGCCUUUCACGAUCUCUCAGCCGAUCAAGACCUGAUGGUUCCUCUUACACAUUGGCGCGGACGCACACUCUCGCUUGUCAAUUGUGCAUGUUUCCAUGAUGAUUUCCUGCGAGACAUGAUGGACGGAGGACUACACGACCAAUCCUUCGCGUGCAAGGCGGCGAAAGAGUUAUACAUUGUCAACUGCAUGAACUUUUCUCCAGGACUGCUCAAGACUAUGGUGCUAAAGCGAAGAAAGAUAGCACGCAGAUGCCUUUUCUGGACCCACGAUCAAGAAACUCUUAAUUGGACAUUUCCAAUUGUGGCGCCCAUUACAUUGAUAUCAGUCGAGGGUGGACCGGUGUUAUCCAAGAAGGACAGGAGGUGGUUUGAAGAGAAUCUUCAGUCGUUUCACUGGGAUGAGGAAGUGUUGGACAGUCAGUUCGAGGGCCCUGGAGAUAGUGACACUGACAUUUGAAAUAGUCGUGGAGUCCACCCGUUCCAGGAUGCUGGGGAUAGUAGCUUGAAUGACCAAUUCUCUAAGUAUAUAACGCUUGAAUACGGUUGAUAUAAAUAUUCGCUCUCUUUCCAUUUGACUGAUUUAACAGUCCGCAAAAGGUGAGCGAGAGUACCAAGAAUGCUCAUGGUGUGCUUCGGUCGCAUCCGGAGAACGCACUGGAUGUCCUGGGACCUGGAGGCAGUUACAAGUUCGU